UUGUGUUGAGGUUAACCUUUCUCUUGGGUAAAACACGUGUUCAGUGUAUGUUGCGUUUGGGCGUUUUAAAGUUUUCUGUGCAAUUGUGACAAUAAUUAUGUCUAGACAGUUUAAGUGUUGAAAAGAAAGUUAUUCUAAAGUGACGCGAUGGAACGGCGAAUCACAACAACAGAACAUGUAACCUGUCUUUUAUAUCCAGUGUCUAGAUAUCUGAGCCGUGAAGAGGCGAAGCAGCGAACUACGCAGUCGCGGAAGGUUUGUGCUACAUUCAUCUGGUGCGCAGAAGGUAGUUAUCCCGUAGGAGAACCGUGCGAGAUGGGGAAGACAAGAGGCACAAGAAGAAGAAAAAGAAGAUGGGGGUACUUGAAACCCAUAAUCUGGUUACUGGUCUCAGAAGAUAUCAGAGGAUAAAGGAGUAAGCUGAUUUAGGUGGUAACGCUUCGAAGAGAGGGAAGGGCGGUUCAAGUUACCGUUUUCUAAGCAGCUCCUACCCUUAUCUCAAGGAUGAUGAUCAGUACAUGAAUGUCGCAUCGUGGACACUUCAGCGUUAUUGACAUGCCAAGAGACGUUCGUAAUGAGGCGUAACCGGCCUUCCCAGUAAGGAGACAGUUGUUCUGCAGCUCAACGACAGCCAGAUCUGUAGCAACAAGCGUGAUGUUCGGCACCAGUGACCCAUCCUGUAUGCUGGAGAAGUGCGACCCGAUUAUGAACUCGAGCUAUCUGUUGGACUACAACUGCAGUUGCUGGAACUCCUCGGCCCUGGACCUUGACGAAGUCGAGCUACCGGAGAAUGAAGUCGGGUAUAUCCCUUACAACAAGCGACCCGAGACCUACAUCGUACCUAUUCUUUUCGUUCUCAUCUUCGUGGUUGGUGUCCUUGGCAACGGUACCCUGGUGCUGAUCUUCUUACGUCACCGCAACAUGAGAAACACCCCCAACACUUACAUCUUCAGCCUGGCGCUAGGAGACCUCCUGGUCAUAGUCAUUUGUGUGCCCUUCAUAUCUACUUUGUACACACUGGAAUCAUGGCCGUAUGGGGAGCUCAUCUGUAAGGUGUCUGAGUUCGCGAAGGACGUGUCUAUCGGUGUGUCAGUGUUCACGCUGACUGCUCUGAGUGCAGAGAGAUACUGUGCCAUCGUCAAUCCAAUGCGACGCCAUGUGGCCGGCCGACUUUCUGCAAAGCCUGUCACCCUUUUCACGGCUCUUGUCAUAUGGAUACUUGCUAUCCUGCUUGCCAUGCCCGCAGCCAUCUUCUCGUUUGUGCGCGAGAUCCAACUGGAAGGCAACAAGACUAUUAAGGUGUGCCACCCAUAUCCAGAGAAACUGGGUAGAAAAUACGUUCAGAUAAUGGUGGUAAUCAAGUUUCUAUCAUAUUAUGCCAUUCCACUGAUUAUUAUCACAUUUUUCUACAUCCUGAUGGCUCAUCAUCUUGUUCUCAGCACCAGGAAUAUGCCCGGAGAGAUGCAAGGACAAUCAACACAAAUUCGUGCACGGAAGAAAGUAGCAAAGAUGGUUUUAGCAUUCGUCAUUAUAUUCAUGCUGUGCUUUCUACCGUAUCAUAUAUUCAACCUGUGGUUCCACUUUGACCCGCAGUCAGAAGAAGUUUACGAUGACUUCUGGCACGCAUUUAGGAUCAUAGGCUUCUGCCUCAGCUUUAUCAACUCAUGCAUUAAUCCUAUAACACUGUACUGUGUCAGCGGAACAUUUCGGAAACAUUUCAACAGGCAUUUGUUUUGUUGCUGUACUGAUAGUAGAGGACGACACAGUUUAAGUCGCCGUGGAAAUAGUGCAAUUUUAUGUGAAACAUCAUCACACACUUUGAUACAUUUGAAUAGCACAGUUCGAAGACACUGCCUUCAGCCUGAUGAUGUCAACUGUUCUGUUGCAACAACCCAUACCACUGUGUUUAAUUUAGACAAAACCUGAAAGUGGGCUCCGCGAGUGUCAGGGGGAACAAGGUGUCAGUUACACCUUUCUCAUGGCAACUUGCAUCAUCCUGAAAUUGGAAAAUCUUACUUGAACAAUGACAAAUCUCCUCACUAUCCUCCCAAGAGGGCAACAACCGUAACUUUUAAAACAUAGAAGUGGUUGUGAAAUUUUUGGUAAAGGGAAGAUAAUAGUCACACGUAGAUCCUCUGAGGGACCAGGAGUAAAUUUUUCCCCAAAGUCGGCUUGUAUACCACAAGAUGUAUAAGGAUAAAAAAGUUGAUUCAUAAGCAGGUACAAACUUGUAGUUUAUUAUUUGUAACUGAAUUCAACAUAUGACAUGGAAUUAUUGCGAUAUUAACCUCUCAGGUAUUCAAAUUCAAACCCAUUGCUUUUCGCACAUUCAUGAUCUGGAUCUGUCACAUUUCUGCAAACUCUCAGAUUAAAGUCUUCUUGUCCAACAAGUUCUGUAAAUUUGUCUGUCAUACGUCACUGUUUUUUAACAGUUAUGUGAGUUUAUUCACAUAAAAUAUCCUGUGAACAAAAAAUGUAAAGAACAAAUAUGUUCAUAAGUGUGUGUGCAGGCACACGUGCGUGCGUGCAUGUGUGUUUUUGGUGGGGGAAAGAAAUUUGAUACUUCAGUGCUAGUGUAUAUGACAGAGUGAUUCAGCCUUCAUGUUCCUCAGACUUUCUAAUAGAAGAAAAAAAAUGAAACAUGAAAAUAAAAUUAUUUAUUAAUUUGGAAGGCAAAUUCUAACCUAUGAUAUCAGAAAGCAUUAAACAUAAUUGACUAAGAAAUACAACAUAUUUCAUAUCAGUCGAAAUGUGUGCUUUAUUUUCUUUAACAUCAUUGUUCUUAGCUCACAUUUGGACAUUUAUUUCAUUGACAGAUAUAAAGGAUAUUCCACAUCAGCAGUUCUGAAUUUUAUCUAUUUGAUGAUCAUUAAAAUAUGAAUGUGUUUUCUGAACACCAUACCCUCUUUGUCUUACAUUGUACAAUACAAAUAAUAGUCCAUAGAUGUAAUUAUUAAUAGUAUGUUUAAAAAUGUUUAUUUAUAAUGUAAAAAUUAAAGCCAUUGUAUUGUAUUUAAUGUGGUUCGCUGCCUGUCUGCAAACUGUGUUUGAGAAUUUCCAUCUACACAUUAUGCCUAGACCAUGGAAUAUCUUCUCACGCAAAAUAAUAACACAAGCAAAGGAGAAAACAAUUAUUUUCUCCUCCCACUCAGACCCAUUUCAAGCUCUUGUAUAUGUCCUAUUUUUAUUGUUGUAUGUAUAUAUCACAACCAGAUGGGACUGAAAUCAAAUGGGACACAUCAACUGCUGUCUAUGCUGUUCAUGUGAUCUACUGGGUGAUAACAUAAGUAUCAUAAAUAAAAACACAGAAACUUUAAUUGACACAAGUAAGGAGGUCAGUCUAGAAGUAAGCACUGAGAAAACUAAGUAUAUUUUGCUGUCUCGUCACCAGAGUGCAGGGCCAAAUCAAACACCAAGAUAACUAACUGAUACUUCAAAAACAUGGCGGAGUUUACAUAUUUUGGAACUACUGUAACAAAUUAAAUUUGAUUCAGGAGGUGAUAAAGGGGAAACUGAAUUUUGGCAAAUGCUUGCUACCAUUCAGUCCAGAACCUUUUGUCUUCCCGUCUGCUGUCUAAAAGCAAAAGAGUUAGAAUAUAC